CGUCCCUCCGUCCCUCGGAUCCGUCGGAGCUCCCCUGGAUGGAGCGCCCCGAUGGAGCGCCGACUGCUGGCCGCGUGCGGCCCGCGCACUUUUCUUCGCGGGGAUGACGUGUACAUGUCGCGCGAUUGCGCGGUCAGGGUGAUCGGCGCCUUCGCCGACGUCGCCAAGCCGCCUGGGGAUGCCGCGAUCGAGCGGACCCUCUCUCGUUACCGCGCUCAGGACGACGUGUCUGGCCCGGGAGCUAGUGCGCCAGCUGCAUAUCACAUCGAUGCCGUGCCCGAGGUGCUCAAGCUCAUGCGGGUGCACGUCGGCCCAGAGGAAUGGAGCAGCGUUCACCGGCAGUUGAGGCGCAAGGCGACUGCGGAUCUCCUGUCCUCGGAGUCGGGCGACGACGGCGGCGAUGAGGAUCCAGAGCAUCCAGCCUCAGGCGUUCUCGAGCAGGUUGGUGAGAUUCAUGAGGGCGCUCCAGUCGUUGCCAUGGGCCCCCCUUCGGACCCGGACGGCAUGGAGGGUGCCAGCUUUGAGGAGGUGCUAGCCGCAUAUCGGGCAUCACAGGAUAAGGUUUCGCAACUAGAGCAGAAGCUCGCGGCCGCUGGGAGAUCCAGGAGGCGGUUCAGAAUGCUUGCGAAGGGAUGGAAGGCCCAGGCGGCAGCCGAGACACGCCGUCGGGAACGUGGCGAGUACAAGGCGGGUUCGGGCCGGUACAUGAGCAUUCACGGCGGCAUGACUCUCGCGAUCAGGAGGUGCGCUACUUCAGGCUCCCGCGGCCCCGCGGCUUGAAUCAGGGGCCAGGGGCGAUGGGCAUGAUGGGCACGG